AUGGCGCUAGUGUCUGGGUCCCGCUAUCCCCAGGAUACCCCAGGCGCUAGGAGACGGCGACGCAGCUCGUCGGGGAGCCCGCCUUCCACGCAGGCCAGACGCUCCCCGUGGGGCAGCCGUUCCCACUCUUACUCCCGCGGCUGCGAGGGCCUCAAGCCUCCGUGCGGUGGGUCGGGCGUCGGCGGUCCUUAUCCCUUUAGCCGCUCUGGGUCUCGAGAGCGGCCCCCCGGGCUCCGCAGCUACGCCUUCUCCUCCUCUUCUUCUCUCUACUUUGGUGGAUACUGCUACCAUCACCACCACCAUGUGGGCGACAGGCAGUGGGCAGACGACUGUGAGAAGGAGAAGGAGGAGAGCUAUCGCCAGAGGAGACUGAAAGAGAGAGAAAGGAUUGGGGAGUUGGGAGUGCCUGAGGUGUGGGGGCUGUCUCCAAAGUUUCCUGAGCCAGAUUCUGAUGAACAAACCCCAGUUGAGGAUGAAGAAGUAAAGACUAAGAAGAGCGGUAGUUCAGAUUCCAGCUCUGAAGGAAAAAGGAAAAAGGCCAGUCGUUCAAAAAAUAAGAAGAAAAGAAAGAAAAAGUCCAAAAGAAAACAUAGGAAAUAUUCUGAUAAUAGUGACAGUAAUUCAGAGUCUGGCACUAAUUCUGGCUCUAAUGAUGACAAAAAGAGAUCAAAAAAAGCCAAGAAGAAAGAGAAGAAAAAGAAACACAGAGCUAAAAAGCCCAAGAAAAAGACCAAGAAGACUAAAAAAGAAUCCAGUGACUCAAGCUAUAAGGAUUCAGAAGGGGAGUUGCUAGAAGAUACCUGGAUUGAGCAGUCAAAGAUUGCAGAUAACCUGGAUCUAAUAGGUCCAGAGGCACCUGUAAUACACACCUCUCAAGAAGAGAAACCUUUGAACUAUGGCCAUGCUCUGCUUCCAGGUGAAGGUGCAGCUAUGGCUGAGUAUGUAAAAGCUGGAAAGCGUAUCCCACGAAGAGGUGAAAUUGGGCUGACAAGUGAAGAGAUUGCUUCUUUUGAACGCUCAGGUUAUGUUAUGAGUGGUAGCAGGCAUCGCAGAAUGGAGGCUGUGCGACUGCGUAAAGAGAACCAGAUCUAUAGUGCUGAUGAGAAGAGAGCCCUUGCAUCCUUUAACCAAGAAGAGAGAAGGAAGAGAGAGAAUAAGAUUCUAGGUAAUUUCAGAGAGAUGGUGUACCAAAAGACAAAAGGGAAAGAUGACAAAUAAGGACUUUUGUUCCAUAGCAGGACUUUUAACAAUUUUAUAUGACCAAAAUUAAAAGGCUUUAUGGUACU